CACAUUUUCGCGGCAUUUCUUUUGCGCGUGCGCGACUAUUGACCCAUCUUCUCCGCCAUGGCUACCAUCAUCCUCGGGUCCCAAUGGGGCGACGAGGGCAAAGGCAAGCUCACCGACAUCCUGUGCCCGCGGACCCAGAUCUGCGCGAGAGCUGCCGGUGGCCACAACGCCGGGCAUUCCAUCGUUGCGAAUGGCGUCUCGUACAGCUUCCACCUCCUCCCUUCCGGCCUCGUCAACCCCAACUGCAUGAACCUGAUCGGCUCCGGAGUCGUUUUCCACGUCCCCAGCUUCUUCAAGGAGCUUGCCGAGUUGGAGGCCAAGGGCCUGACAGACGUGCACAACCGCAUCCUCGUCUCGGACCGGUGCCAGGUCAACUUCGACCUCCAUGCCGCCGUCGACGGGCUAGAGGAGGUCGAGCUGGGCUCGCGCAAGAUUGGCACUACUGGAAGAGGUAUCGGCCCGAGCUACAGCACCAAGGCAGCGAGAAGCGGUGUCAGGGUCCAUGAAAUCUUCGACGAGGAGGUCUUCGAGCGGAAGCUGCGCCAGCUUGAAUCCGGGUACAAGAAGAGAUUCGGCGACCUGCUCAAGUACGACGUCGAGGAAGAGAUUGCCCGCUUCAAGGAGUACCGCCCCAAGCUCGCGGCCUACUGCACCGACGCCGUGCAGUACAUGAAGCAGGCCCAGGACCGCAACUACAAGAUCCUCAUCGAGGGCGCCAAUGCCCUUAUGCUGGACAUCGACUACGGCACCUAUCCCUAUGUUACGAGCAGUAACACUGGGCUGGGCGGCAUCUUCACCGGCCUUGCCAUCAACCCCAGAAAGCUCGAGCAAGUCAUCGGAGUGGUAAAGGCCUAUACCACCAGAGUGGGUGAGGGAAUCUUCAAGACGGAGGACACGGAAGAGGCCGGCACGAAGCUGCAAGAAAUCGGCCGCGAAUGGGGCGUCAGCACCGGCAGGAAGCGGAGAUGCGGCUGGCUCGACCUCGUAGUCUUGAAAUACUCCACGGCCAUCAACCACUACACGGCGCUCAACCUGACCAAGCUCGACGUGCUCGACACUUUCCCUACCCUGAAGGUCGCCGUUGCGUACAAGGACCCGUCAACAGGAGAGGAGGUCGAUUACUUCCCGGCCGAUGUCGGCCAGCUGGAGAAGCUGGAGGUUGUGUACAAGGAGUUUGAGGGCUGGCAGAAGCCCACCACGGCCGCAAAGAGCUACUAUGACCUGCCCAAGCAAGCGCGCGCCUAUGUCGAGUUCAUUGAGACGUUUGUGGGCGUGCCCAUUGCGUGGAUUGGGACGGGCCCGAGCCGCGAGGACAUGGUCGUCCGCACCAAAGCCGCCGGGCUCGAGAAGUGAGUUGCGCGCACGGAACAGCCGCGGAAUGCGGAAUAGCCGCAGAAUGCGGAAUAGCCGCAGAAUGCGGAAUAGCCGUACCUGGGUAACCCUGUAUCCUCACAUGACAUGGGGCAUUGUGAACCUGGCGGCGUGUGGUGUGUGGAGUGCGUGCGUGAAUGCGUUGCUUGGGCUAGAGAUACCAAAGGUCUCCCCCAUUUGCCGGGUUAUAUAGGGCUUUUUGGUUACCCGGUGCCGUGAGCAAAGGGGGUGUUUUUACUGACGUCGGUGAGAAAAUCAUCUGAUAUCCGGGCUUCGCCGUAGAUCCAACUGCCGGUGAGAAAAUGUGACGCGACCAAUAGAAGGUCUGGAUUACAGAGGUGAAACUACU